AUGGCAGGCAAGAGAAAGAUGGCAUUCAAGCCCAAGCUCUCUGCUAUGCUUGCGAUGAUUAUGCUUAUAAUGGUGGGAAUAGUAGCUGUUUGUGAGGGCAGAAACCUCAAGACAGAAACAGCAUAUCAAACGGAUAAAUUCGGAGGCCGUUUCGGAAAAGGCGGCGGUGUGGGACUUGGUGGCGGUGGCGGUUUUGGUAAAGGCGGUGGUGCAGGAAUUGGCGGCGGUGGCGGUUUUGGGAAAGGUUGUGGUGGGGGACUUGGCGGCGGCGGAGGAUUAGGAGGUGGUGGAGGAGCUGGUGGCGGUUCUGGUGGUGGUGCUGGUUCUGGUGGUGGAUUUGGUGCUGGUGGAGGAGCAGGCGCUGGGGGAGGCUUAGGUGGAGGUGCUGGUGCUGGUGGAGGAGCAGGAGGAGGUUUUGGUGGAGGUGCUGGUGGAGGAGCAGGAGGAGGUUUAGGUGGGGGUGCUGGUGCUGGUGGAGGCUUUGGUGGAGGAGCUGGUGGUGGAGCUGGGGGUGGCAUAGGUGGUGGUGCUGGGGGCGGCUUUGGUGGAGGAGCUGGUAAUGGUGUAGGAGGGGGUGCUGGUGGUGGCAAGGGAGGAGGAUUUGGAAGUGGUUUUGGAGGAGGAGCAGGAGAUGGAGGCGGAGCUGGUGGAGGCCUUGGAGGAGGUGGUGGUUUCGGUGGUGGUGCAGGAGGGGGCGGAGGAUUUUAA